AAAACAAACCAAAUUUAUAUAUAUUGUUUGUUGUAAAAAAUAUGUAUAACAAUUGUUAAAUCAUCAAAUCGUCAAAGAUUAUCGAAAUUGUGUCUCUCUUGACUAUAACUUUCUUAUAACUAGAAAUCAUUGUAUAAGUUUGAGGUUUUAAAACUAUUUGUUUAUAUAAGAUAAUUCUUUCUGAUUCAAGGAUCACGUAUAUUUCAUUUAACAUAUAAAUAUUCAAAGACUAAACAUUUAUUUUAAUUGAUUUUUUUACAAUCGUUUUUUGGAUCAGAAAGGAUUAACGAAGAAAUGUAAAACAAAAAUUAUCUCGGCUUUUUUAUCGAGUUUACUUAGGAAUAUUUUAAAGUCUCUUUGACAGCGGAAAAAAUUGCAUUGACAUAAAUUUUAAUGUCACAAUACAGAUUACAAGAGCAUACUUUGGCUCCAAUAUUUAUAGAAAUAUAAAUAUAAAGAUCGGCAGCUAUAUAUUAUAAUUAUCGCGAAUAGUAAAGAUAUGCAACGCGAAGAAAUCUCGUGUUCGUGUCGUCAUUCGUUUCAUCGGUCUAAAAACUCGCGUUCCAAAGUGUCAACUGCUUUACGAAUUUAAUUUGUGUGCACGUAUAGUCAUUUUUUUUUCUUAAAAAAUAUUCGAUAUUAUUCAUAUACUUUUUGCCAUAAUUUUAUUCAUAGGGUGACACGAAUAAAGAAAAGAAUGAGCUUUAAGCGAAUUGUACAAGAUAUCCUACAUGCGAAAUAAGAGAAAUGUCCUGCGUUAUCGAUUAACAAGCAAUUAAUCGCUCGCCUAAUGAUUUAUUCGAAGCAGCGUGACGCUUUAGGGCGCAAAGUCGGAGACUUAGUAAAAGUAAACGACGCUUUAGUUCCUUAUGCCUUGUACGGUCGAACUUUCAUAUUCUUAUUUCCGUUUUUCUCUACUUCUUCCUUUUCCUCUUCUCUCAUUACUUCACACUCGCGUGUGUGAAGAGGAAAAUCGGGGGAAAAAUAGGAACUUAUAUAGCAGGAGGAAAGAAUAAGAGAGGUUCGACUGUGACAUUUAUGAGAAAUUUUUGGUUGAUUGCACGAGAAAAAGUAGACAACGAUGUUAUAGGCCUGGAAAGCUCUCUGACUGAUCGGCCACGGUCUUCCGCUUGUUAUGUAUGUGUUUUCUAUCGAUAUACAUAUUUUAAAAUAAAAAUAUAUAUAUAUAUAUAUAUCAAUACUCUCUCUUCAAGUGCCUCUUCUAUCAGCAUCGUCACUCCUAUCAUCUUUGCGCGAAUAACGUCGUUUGACGUUUGACAACGAAAGAUCUUGAAAUUAGCUCAAUUAGAUGCUCGAUUUUUUAUUUUUCCCCCUACGAUGGAUAGAAAAUUGGAUAGUUUCGUCAAUCGAGAAGUGAAGAAAUUAUGGCGACCCAUUUGCUGAUGAAUCCUAUUAAAUUGCGUUUUUACAUAGAGAGAUACGAGAAGGAGAACAAGUUGACAAGUGUGCUAGAAACAUUCGCGCCUUCUGUUCGAACGAAAUUGUUGACCGGCAAGUUCUACGCGAAACAUGACGUUAUCCCACCGUGGGACAUUCGAGAGGACGACCUGGACUUGAUCAAACGACAAGAGAUGACGCCUAAGGAUAUUUAUUCAUUUAGGCCACCAGCGGUGAACAUGGAAUACGGCUGGUUCUCCACGCCGCUGAUACCGAUCGCGAGGGAUCCGAGAUUGCGCUUCUCUAGAAAGCAAUCGGAUUUUAUAACGCACGAGCUGGCACGCCGGAAGCUGCAGGGAGGUUCACUGGAAAGGAAAUUCGCUGGGCCACCGUUCAAAAUGUGACUCAUUACUCGAGAUACAUUGUACGAUUUGAAAUAAAGAUAGUCUUCUUUCAACUUC